AUUUUGAUGAAUAACUUUUCAAUGUUCGACAGUAACAUAAUUUUACAACAACAACUCCUCCUUUAACAAAUGAUCAUCUACAACCAAAUGCUCUACUUAAAGUAACUCUAUUUUCUUAUUCUUCCAUUUUAGAACCUAAUCAUUACCCAAACUCAAACAAUAGCCAAUAAAACAAAAGAAUAUAGACGAUAAUGACUCCUUAUCUCACUAAGUCCAAAAAUAAGAUGAGACUACUUUGAUUAAACCAAUAUCAUCUAAAUAAACUAAAAAAUAAUCUAAGGCCUUGGAAAAAAAGGCACCUUGUACUCUUGAAAAUGUAAAGGAGCAAAAGAAGGAAACUGUUUAGAAGAAAAAAAUAUUCUUGUCUAUGAUGGAUAUAAAGAAAGCUUAAUACAGAAAGUAAAUUAUUGAUAAUAUCCAUAGAUUUAAAAUUAUAGAGGAGAACAAUCAAAAGAAACCAAUUGCAGUAGUACAUGACCAUUCUUGA